AUGAUAGCACGACAUAAAGAAUUGAGGGAGAAAAUUAGACAGCUAACCUCGCUAUAUGAUAUUACAUCGGCCGAAUGCAUCUAUGAGGACCAAGAUCAAGACCCAACAGGAUCGUUGCGGAUCGGGGACAUACGAUUGGCAACCGGGAAGUUAGAAGACGAUCCCGCCCAGGUACAGGAUGACCUCCUCGAAAUCAAUCUGGGGACAGAUGAAUCACCUAAGCCCAUAUACAUCAACGCAGGAUUGGACGAAGGAUUCAGAGAGCAACUGGUCGCUCUACUCAUUGAGUUCCGCGACUGUUUUGCCUGGUCGUAUGAUGAAAUGCCGGGCCUUGAUCCUGAUAUCGCCGAGCAUAAGCUCCCAUUAAAGAGUGGGUUUCGGCCAUUUCGGCAACCUCCCCGGCGAAUGUCCAGGGAAGUGGAUACUCUCAUCCAGGAUGAGAUUAAGCGGCUGGAAGAUGCCAAGUUUAUUCGGGAAGCCCAAUACACCGGAUGGCUCUCUAACAUCGUACCAGUGAUGAAGAAAAACGGGAAGCUACGAGUAUGCGUUGAUUUUCGGAACCUCAACCUGGCCACACCCAAGGACGAAUACCCGAUGCCUGUGGCCGAUAUGCUGAUCGACAGGGCAGCUGGACACACGAUACUCAGUUUCCUAGAUGCGCACUCUGGGUACAACCAAGUUCCAAUCAGCAAGGAAGACAUCUCCAAAACGGCUUUUAGGUGCCCCGGGCCGAUCGGAGCGUACGAAUGGGUCGUGAUGCCCUUCGGCUUGAAAAACGCGGGGGCAACAUAUCAGAGGGCGAUGAACAAGAUGUUCAGAGGCCUUGAUUGCCUUGAAGUCUACAUCGACGACGUCGUAAUCAAGUCAAAUACCGGCGAAAUUCAUCUGGCCGACCUCCGGAAAGGUUUCGAGCGUAUACGACGCAACGGGUUAAAGAUGAAUCCUUUGAAAUGCGCAUUCGGCGUUUCGGCUGGAAACUUCUUGGGUUACUUGGCAAAACCUCCGGUUAUGACUCCUCCAAAGCCGAAUCAGCCUUUAUUGCUAUACCUAUCGGCUGCACACGAAUCCCUAGGAUGUAUGCUCGCCCAAGAGGACGAUGGGAUCGAGAGAGCAGUUUACUAUUUGAGCCGAGGACUGACGGACACGGAAAUUCGUUAUACCGACAUAGAAAAAAUGUGUCUAUGCCUGUACUUCACGUGCUGUAAGCUGCGAUACUAUAUGUUGCCGGUCGUAGUGUAUGUUUUGUCCCAAACCGAUAUCAUUAAGUAUAUCUUAUCAAAACCGUACUUAAGGAAUCGGAUUGGAAAAUGGGCGAUUGCAAUGUCCGAAUUCACAUUGGUGUAUGUUCCCCAAAGAGCAGUAAAAGGACAAGUGUUGGCAGACUUCUUGACCGAUCACCCUGGUAUUACCCUCAAGGAAGAAACAGUCACGUUCUUCGACAUCGCCGUGUGGAAGAUGUGGUUCGACGGAUCCAGGACAAGCCAGGGGGCAGGCGCGGGGGUACACAUCGUCACGCCCUUGGGGGCAUCCUACCAGUUGUCAUUCAGACUCCAGUUCGAAUGCACCAACAAUCAGGCAGAAUAUGAGGCCCUCAUAUUCGGUUUUGAGAUUUUAGCCGAGCUAGGGGCAAGGGCGAUCAGUGUAAAAGGAGAUUCUUUGCUAGUCAUUAAACAAGCGAAACACCUGAUCGAAGGCUUUCAAGAUACGAGGAUAGAAUACACAGAGAGGGCCGAUAACGGCGUUGCAAACGACCUAGCUCAGCACGGUAGUGGUUACAAGGUAAACCGAGAGUUCGACGCUAUAGAGAGGGAAACGCCGAAUCUCCAUACCGGGGGCAUCACGAUCGACGAAAGACAAUUCUCGGUUUACCAGCUGGACGUCACCCAAGAUUGGAGGGACGAGCUCCUGAAGUGGUUCGAAAAACCAGACUCCACGAAUAGGAGGCUGAGGACUUUAGCCCUUAAUUACGUGGUCUUAGCCGGCGAAUUAUAUAAGAAGGGCUUUGAAGGGCUACUCUUCAGAUGCAUCGGUCCAAAAGAGGCAAUGCUUGCUAUGGCCGAGAUACACGAAGAUAUGCCAAAGGUUGCGAAGCUUGUCAGAAAUUCGGCCCAAUACAACACGUCCCGGCCGAAGACCUGCACUAUCAUCAAGCCAUGGCCAUUCAGAGGAUGGGCGGUCGACCUGAUAGGGAAAGUAUACCCCGGCUCGUCUGAUGGUCAUACUUUUGUGAUUAUCGCCACUUGCUACUUCACCAAGUGGGUCGAAGCUAAACCUUUAAAGUCGCCGACACAAGAAGCGGUGAUCAAGUUCUUCAAGGAAUACAUCGUCCACCGACACGGCUUGACCGAGUCCAUAACUACAGAUCAAGGGACUAUGUUCACAGGAGGCGAUAUAAGUUGGUGGGCUUCCCAAAUGAAGAUAAAAAUGUUACAUUCAACACCGUACUACGCUCAAGCUAACGGACAGGCCGAAGCCACCAACAAGGCCAUCAAGCUUAUAGUCCAAAAGAUGAUUGAAGAGAAUCCAAGACAAUGGCACGUGCUUUUAUCGGAAGCCGUUUGGGCGAAUAGAACCAGUCAGAAGUCGGCUACUGGGACCUCGCCGUUCCGAUUGGUAUACCGGUAUGAUGCAACGCUGCCAAUGGAGUUGACAGUCAUGUCGACUCGUCGCCGAUACCAGAGCCAACUGUCCAAUGACGACUACUUCGAUAAAAUGGUGAUAGACGCUUUAGACCUGGACGAGGAACGAUUAGCAGCAUUGGAUCACCUUGAAGCCCAGAAAAGAAGAGUCGAGAGGGCAUACAACAAACGUGUAAAACGAAGAGUAUUUACAGUGGGCGACAUAGUCUGGAAGGCAGUCUUGCCUAUCGGUCAUAAAAAUAAUCGGCUUGGCAAAUGGAGCCCAAAUUGGGAAGGCCCCUUUAUUGUAGUCAACAAGUUAGAAGGCGGUGCUUACUUGCUGGCGAAUAUUGACGGAGAGGAGCAUGACAGGGCAAUCAGCGGACAGUUCCUAAAAAAGUAUGUUCCUAGUUGCUGGGAGGGCAUCGACCGACGGCUGUUUGGGGCCAACGACGAAUAG